AUGCGGCGUCUUCCUUCUUGUGUGCCUCUCCCAGGCCAGCUCAUUGGACCCCUUGAGGCUUACUGCAGCGAGCAGUUUGGCUGGCUGCAGUGUUCUGAAAUCGCCCACUUUUUUGCUGAGCUGCAGCGCCUCAGAGAUGCUGUCGUUGCUAUCCUCACUCCAAGGAGCGCAUCUGAUGAAGCAGCAGCUCGUCUGACUGAGUACGGCUGUCUCCUCCGCGCUGUCUCCUCUCGUUUGUCUGGGGGCCCCCAAGGGGUUCUCUCAGGGUCUGUGCUGCGGCUGCAGCUGCCUUGGUUGUGUUCUUUCUUCUAUCCGAGCAGCAGCAGCAGCAGCAACAAUGGUAAUAGUAAUGGCAAUGGUAGCAGUAGUUUGUGGGGAGGGAAGGGGGGCAGUCAGGCGGGAGCGGCUUCUCUCUUUCGACUGGCGGAGUCUCUGUCUCCUUCAGGACAUCCGUUUCAUUUCGAUGCGAAGGCAUCUGCCGCAUUCUCUCUCGCUCACGCCCAGUCUGUUUGUUAUGAGGUCGCUUCAAGAGAAAGCAUGAGCCUUUCCUUUCGCUCCAAGCUGGCUGCACACGCCGCCACUCUGUUUGCUGCUGCUGCUGAGGGGCUGCAGGAAGUGCAGCAGAAAUUCCCUGCGGAGUCCUCUCUCAUACCAUCACUGCAGCGCACCAGCAAGGCGACGGAGGCCGUGGCGCUGGGGGGAUGGUGCCAGGAGCUCUGCUUCUUAGCCAUAGCGCAUCUGCAGCUGGCGCUGCAGCAGAAGCAGCUCGCGGAGGCCGAAGGAGAAGGGUUUGGUCUGCUUGUGGCCCGCACGAUGCUGGCAGCAGAUUUUGUCUCAAAGGCGGAAGCAGCAGCAGCAGCAGCAGCAGCAAGGAGCCCCGACGCCCCCAGGCUGCAGACGUCUAAGCUCCGCGCUGCCGUUGAUGCCCUUCUUAACACAGCGAAGAGAGACAACCAGCUGGUGUACAUGGAGCCCGUGCCCCCUACUGCUGCACUCCCACCUCUGGAGGAGAGUUCGGGCCUGCGAGGGACAGUGCAGGUGUCUCUGCAGCAGGUGCUUCCGCCCAACCGCCGCGCAGAACAGCAGCUCAGCGCGUUGCUGCCAGCGGGGGUGCGUGCCCUGGCAGACGAGUACGAGGCGCUGUAUCAGUCAGUGACGGCCCAAGUGAACACCGAAGCAGAUGAUCUCCUUUCUCAAGUUGCUGCCUUUCUACAGAAGGAACAGCUGCCGAGUGCACUGCGCAGCAGGUUGUCUGCACAGCAGCAACAGCAGCAGCAGCAGCAGCAGCAGCAGCAGCAAGGCUACGACGGAUGGAAGGAGGAACAGGAGCAAAUCCCCCCCCAACUUAUCAACGGAGGUGGUCGCCCCGACUACCGCUUCGAGUUUUCUACUGCAUGCAGUCACGAGCUACUGUCUGUGCAGUCGCUUGGAGGGCCUCAGCGGCUGAGGCAGCAGCAGCAAGUGUUAGAACGUCUGUCUGCAGAUGCUGCAGCACAGCUGAACACAGUGCAGCACCAACUUCAGAGCCAACUAGACCUGCUGCUGCAGCAGCGCCAGCAGCAGCAGCAGCAGCAGCAGCAGCAGCCCGGUGCCAGUGAAGGCGACACCUUCCAGCAGCAGCAGUUACAGCAGCAGCAACAGCAGCAGCAGAAGCAGCAGCUGAUGGCUCUAGAAAGCAAAACACAAGAGUUGAUAGAAUGCGCGCGUCUAUACACGACGAAAUUAUUGCAAGCGCAGCAAGCAAACGAGAUGAUAGGCACCAAAACGUUUUCCGCCCUCGGUUCGCUGCAGCUGCCGCCAAGUGUACAUACACCUCAACGAAUUGCACAUCCCGCUGCUGCUGCUUCGGAUGGUGUUUCUCCUUCAACGCCCACACUGGAGCAGCUGCUCUGCCUGACGAAGGAAGGCGCGGAGGGGCUCUUGCAGAAGCUGCUGCUACAGCUGCAGCUCUCAGGGGCAGACAGAAAGCAGCAGCUGCUGCUGCAGCAGCGUCUGGAUGCGGCACACUCAGCCCUUGUCGAACUAGAGGCUCGGAUUUACAUUCUGCAGGAGGAGCAGCACAAGCUUUGCCAGUCUGAGGAGUUGCUGCCGGAGCACAUACUGCAGCAGCUGCGGCAAGCAGCAGCAGCAGCAGCAGCGAGCAGCAACUCAGCUGCAAGUGUGUGCACAACAGCAGCUUCCGCCAGCCUUCGAGGGGAGGUUGCCCGUCAGCUUGAUGCGGCGCAGCAGCGUUGGUCUGAGCUGCUUGCUGCGGAGUCGGUGGAGCGCCAGCUGCAACAGCAGCAGCAGCAGCAGCGCGCAGCAGAGCUGCAGCAAGUAGUGCAGCAGCAAGCGUUCUGUCUCCGGAAGUCCUUCGACGAGCAGCAGCAGGGCAUCGCCUUCUUCUCUCGUCUGCAAGGAUUCCUGCAGCAGCUGCAGCAGCACCAGCAGCAGCUUCUCAGCGACAUGCAUGCGUGCAUCCGUUUGGUCCACCAGCAACAGCAGCUGCAGCAGCAACUGCAACAGCAGCAGCUGCAGCAGCAGCAUCUGGAGCAGCAGCAGCUGCAACAGCAGCAGCUGGAAAGCCUGCAGGAACAGCAGCAAGAAAAGCAGCAGCUGCUGCACAAGAUGGAGCUGCAGCAGCAACAAGGCUAUCAGCUCAGCCCCAGCCAAGUCCCCCAAUGGCCUACGGUGGGCUCUCUAAGCACCAGAAGCGGUCGCAGCAGCGUCGGCAGCAGCAACAACAGCAGCAACAGCUACGGCAGCAACCCAGCAGCAGCAGCGAACUGGCGGAGGUGUAGCAGCGGGCCUCUUGUGCUUCCUGGGAGCAAUCCGAGGCGAUUGAGCAGCGCCUCUCACAGCAGACAUAAGCAGCCUGUUGCUGCUGCUGCUCCAUUAGGGCGUCAUCCGCCCUUUCCGAGUCCCGACAGCAGCAGCGGCAGCGCCAGCAGCAGCAAAGCCCGUGGACCAGCAACAGCUGAGAGCCGCAGCAACUUAACCAACGCUACGGGCGCAUCGUUCGCGUUGGCGCAUUCACCUAUAAGGCCUCGCACGCGGAGAAACAGCACGCCGUCAACGGGCAGCAGCCCAGCGGCAGUAGCAGAAGCAGCAGCAGCAAGGCCAUGCGGAAGCCCCCCAUUAACCCCUCCUGAGGUCGGUACGGUCUUCGGGGGGACCGAAACCCUAGGGGGCUCUUGUACACCGACUGCAGCAGCAGAAGCAGCAGCGUGCACCAACCAGCCGAUAUUUUGA